CCCUCAUUGAUUUGCUGAAUAAAGAUCCCUCGGUUCAAUCACAAAGUAGGUCAACUCGGCUAGUGUACAACGUCGAAACACAUCUUCUGCACUUCUGUCAUGAUACAUUUGUCUUCGUUUACUGAGAUUUUCCUAUGUGCUUGUGGAUAAUGAAUGUCAUUUUCUCCAAUGAAAAUAUCAUGUUGCUAUAACAGCAUUAUAUGUGUGUAUGUGACUUCAAAGCAAGUGAAGAACAAGUAUUGAUGUUUCAUGCGCAUCAGACCCUUAUGAAUGGUGGAGUCUGGACCAAGCCAUGUUACUGUUGAAACCCCACUGUAGACUCUACUAUCUCCAUGCCUGCUUUACCAUUCCAUGACAGGGCAGAGUGAAACAGAAAAAUGUGCAUUUAAUUAUCGGCUUUUCUUCCUGGAAACUUUACAUUCGAAAGUGAAAUCCUGCAAUCAAUGGUUGGAUGACUACUCAACUCACAUACUUGCAAAUCAAGUCUGACUUUGCCAAUAGCUGAAUGAAUGAUAUGUCGAUAAAAGCCCUCUCUUACCAUUUAUGGAAAAUCUAUGACCAUUCAAGUUUGCAGAAUACACUGAGGCUACGAUUGAUGGCCCUGGUAGGAUGGUAAGGCGACUGGAAGCUACGAUUGAUUGACUCUACGCCCAAACAUACAAUUUUCACAGUAUUCUUUCUUCUGUGAACUGUCAGUCUUGCAUGGAGAGCAUACCUACAACUCUGGCCUUCAAGAACUGGAAAAAUAUCCAUGUCUGGGGGCAUUCUUGAAGAACUGAUCAUCCUCAAGUUCAAGUCAGGAUCACUUUUAAUGCUCUUGCUCCAAAACUGAGCAUAACAGGCAUAUGAAGACUGUCUAUUGCACAAUUGACAUUUGCCACAAAUUGAACAAGACAACUGUCUUUUGCCAAGCUGUAGGCAACUGGCUAUAAUCUACUCCCAUUACAUAGAUUAGUUUGUUUAGAGUACUUGUGGACUGGUAUUUCACGACGACUUUGUGUGUGGGACUAGCGAGCAUUCAGCCAGUGGAAAUAUUACUGGAAUCAUCUCCUUCCACAAUCAAAUGUGUGAUGAUCAUCAGUGCAGAAAUUGUACAGUACGAGGACACACAAAACUAUGUCUGGUCACAACUGUCUGAACUACCUGCAAUCCUGCUGAAGACAGACGUCUCCUUCUGAGUUCUGGGUCUUGACAAAUGUAGACAAUGAUGACAAGACUGCUGACUCGCUCACUCGCACUUGUCAUCUAAAAUACUGCAGACGACUGCUGUUACCUACUUGCACCAACAGGAACUACAUUACGAUCACAACAGCUGAUCUAUUUCAAUUUCUCACAUUACAGAUCAACUCUUCAUCUUGUGAAACAAAAACCAUCAGUUUUUCUGCCAUCAUAUUCAAGUGUUAUGUGUGCACAUUGAGAAGUUGUUAUGUGAUGACCAGAAUCCAGCACUCCCUGUGUUAUGCUGUUUGUUCGGUGGGCGACCAUUAUUUGAUGUUGGAGUUGAGACUGCCAGUUUGAAAUAGCAGGUACUAGUUACUAAGAAGAGGAUCAAUUAGACAGACUGCUGAAGACAGACACCAAUCCAUUUUGGCCACUUUCCAACUCACAAAAUCACAGUAACGUGAUACUGCAGCCAUGAGUAGUGCAGCCAAAAAGUCCAUUCUGGUACCAAAGGACCGUUCUGUUCGUCUCCGUGUGAUGCCGGAACAAAGUAAUGACUACCGUGUGGUUGUGUUCGGAGCAGGAGGUGUGGGCAAGAGUUCCCUUGUGCUGCGAUUCGUUCGAGGAACCUUCCGUGAAAGUUACAUUCCAACAAUAGAGGACACCUAUCGCCAAGUUAUCAGUUGUAACAAACAAGUGUGCACAUUACAAAUCACUGAUACGACAGGUAGCCACCAAUUUCCUGCCAUGCAGAGGUUAUCAAUUUCAAAAGGACAUGCUUUUAUUCUCGUGUAUUCCAUCACAAGUCGACAAUCACUAGAAGAACUUAAACCCAUAUUUGAAGAAAUCAUUCAAAUAAAAGGUGAUACCGAGAGCAUACCCAUAAUGCUUGUGGGAAAUAAAUGUGAUGAGACAAAUCGUGAAGUAGCACUUUCUGAGGGAGCUGAGUUGGCAAAAAGAUGGAACUGCGCAUUUCUUGAAACAUCGGCAAAAACAAACUAUAACGUUAAAGAACUAUUUCAGGAACUUCUCCAGCUCGAGAAGCGUCGGACAAUGAGUCUUCAGCUUGAAACAAAGAAAUCCAAAUCUCAAAAGCGAAAAGAAAAGUUGAAGGGGAAGUGUAUGUUGAUGUGAAUGUGUAUUGUGACCUUGAGGUAUUAUUGAGCACUGACCUUGAGCUCUUUCAGAAAAGAGGGCACCAACGUUCUUGUACAUCUCAUAGGCUUUAAUCAUUCUGUGACAAGAUGGAAUUUGAUAUUCCAGGAACAUUGGAAUCUUCAGUUACCAUGUUGUAGAUUGUGGAAUUCAAUUCAGCAUCAACUUUGUCAUGUAAAAAUGACUUUGCAGCAAUAUUGGUGUUACUUGUUGGCAUUGAAGAUGAUUCCUCUCAGAAAUGUUUACAAGAGAAUGUUUGAACGGAUUCCAAAUAUUGAUAUUACAACAGACUACUCAGACCCCUUCUGAUGGACAAAAGCUUUUCCUGUGUACAGUCGAUGUGCAUCUAUUCCAUCUUUCCUGAAAGUUCCUUUUUUCCAAUAUUUUAGACCAUAAUGCGUCCCAGAGAUUUCAGUUAUAAUGACCUUUCUUCAACUGUCAGGACGACAUUGAAUGGUUCACGUUCUUGAAAGGAAUUGUUCUAGAACUGUUUACAGAUGUGAAAAACUCAUGAUUGCAUCUCCAGAACACAUCCAAAGAACAUGAUGCUAUUGGAUGCUUUGGAAACCCUUUAAUAUGUUCUCAAAGUGCUUUAAAAUGUUCUUACCAGUCUUCUUUCUCUUGUUUGUUUUGAUUUUAUCUGUGUGAAAAGUUCUUCAACAAGUGUUUGGAGAAGUACAUCAAUGCACAUCAAUCAUGUAUAAUAUGAAGACUUCUUAUAGCAUUAAGCUACACAUAUUUGCCAAUAGUAUUAGAAUGCUGGAUUUAGAAAGUUAUGACCCCAACAUUGUAUGAAGAUUAUGCAUAUAUGAAAUUGUAUUGUAGGAGCAUAUAAAUAGAUAUUGCUGAAAAUACAUUGUCAUCUGAGAUUACAAAAGAGCAUCACCUUUUGAACGACCUUUUGACCCUUUUGGCCUGACCCUUAUCACAUAAUGACCUUCAACUUACUAUUUCUUAUUCCAGGGCAUGUUAAACUGAUUAUUUUACACACAGUACAGUAGUAUUGGAGAGCUUGUACUUCAUACAGAGAGACAGAAUUAUAUAACUGCAGCCCAAACACAAUCAUGAUUGACGACAUAAUAAAAGAAGACAACAAAUUUUGACACCAUUGCUUCAGCCGUUCUGCAUGAGUUGGUUCUAGACUUUCUAAAUUUCAGCUUAACAAUGCUCUACAGUUUAUGCUUGAGUAUGAUGCACAUCCCAGGAAAUUUGACUACAAGAAAACGCCACAGGAAAUUAUUUUGGGGGUUGGGUUUUUUCAGAUAUUUUUCAGGCAUGUCACAUCAUUUUAACUUUUUUAAAUUUUAAAAGCAAUGGUAAACUGUUUAAAGAUUGAAAAUAAACAAAUUCACAGAUCUAAGGUAAUGAUCUCAUGAACUGAUAUGAUUACAUGUUACUAAUUGUUUUUUAAACUCAACUUUAAGCAAAGCCUUAGCACACUUCAUAUUUCAGCCAUAAACAUUUUUGCAAGCAAUGUUAGAUAAGUUGGGUAAGGAAGUGGUUGCCAAAGAGAGCAAUAACUCUGAUGAACAAAUAACCUAUUGGUUGUGGCCUAACUGUCUUUGCUGACUUGCUGCACAUGCUAUCAAAUAUUUUCAAGAGUGUAGGUGUAUUUUUUCCCUGCCCAUAUCUUUCCUAUUUGAAAUGCUGAAAAGUUAGCAAAAUAUAUUGGUGCAUGUUAUUGUUAGUGUUUACUUUUAAUAUUAAUUGAAACUGUUUGAAAAUAUUUUGCAAAAUGAAUUAAGUUGUUUUUAAUACAGUAUUCACAUUACAGAUUCCAACGGUACAUGUCUACAACUUGUGCAAUUGGAAAUUAGUUACAAGCCUUUUGCAGAAUUGAGUUCAACGGUUUGGUGAUGAAUAUCAAUUUGAAAGAAAUAUAAUUUAAUGUUGCCUAUAUUAAAUAGUGAUUGUUUGUAGUUGUUAAAUAUAUUGUUGAAUUUUUAUUAUUGGAAGGGUUUUAAAUAUGUUGAAUUAACAGAGACAGCAAUGUUAAAACAAUUUCAUAAUCAAAUGAUUUUAUCAGCUCUUUUAUGUCUCUUUUUAAAGUAUUUUUUUCUUUUUACUCUCAAAAUGUAUGAAAUAUUGCAUCCAAUAUGAAAAUGAAAAGAUAAACCUUUGGCUUUGCCUGGUAAAAGCCUGGUCCAAAUAUCAUGUCUUUCAAUGUUUCAAGUUUCAAGUUUGUUUUGAUUUAAACAAAGUGUUAUUUUUCCUUACCAAAUCUAUUUCACUAUGGCAACUGACUUUGCCUGGGUCUACUGGGGAAAAGAAGGGGGAAAAGGAUGAUGUCUUGGUUAACUUGAAAACAAGCUUCAGCAGAGAAGCAUUAUUGUUUAUGGCCUCAUAUUAAUUCUUCAUAAACAAAAAUAUUAAAAUUAUCAACAUUACCACUGGUUGAAUUGGAACAGGAUGUUUAAAAUCCCUCUCUACAGCGAAAUAGCAUUCUACUAAUAUGAAAUAGACUUACAGCUUUGAAUGAAUAGAACAACUCUCUGCCCGUAAGGAAGGAAAAAGUGUCAAAAAAGAUAAUUCAAUUAAACAACUACAUGUAACAUAAUAGGUACACAUUUUUGUCAUUCAAGAUUCAUUAAAUUUCAUUAAGUCUCAAAUAUCAUCAAAAGAAACAGUUUAAUCGAAACACUUAAUGUCAUGAUGAAAUAAAUUCAAACUAUUAUAUUCAGAAAUACCCACAUCAUUCAUUGUUAAAACAGCAUCUUGAAGUACUUUGCUAUAACCAUUUCUUACCAUACACAUUUACUAUUAAUGGAAAAAUGACAAAUGAUCCAUUAACUUACAUUUGAAAAUGUUUGUUAAAAGAGUAGUAAUUGUAGAAUGUGGAAAAGAAAUAUUAAAUUCUAUGACAUGAUCUACUAUAAAUGUCAACUAAGAGAAUUUUCUUUUGAAAUCAAGAAACAACAACAAAAAAUGUCUGCCUACACAUAUAGCUCAAUUGCUUGCCUUCACAACAGUUUAUGCUAUUAAAAUAAUAUAUUUCUUUGAGACAUUAUUGAGUGGAAUGGACCUAAAAAGUUGUGAUGUUGUACCUUUCAAAGGCAUGUUUUCUUUAUUUAAACAUUUAUUCAUCUGUGACAUAUAUUUAGCCAACACAUUCCACUUAGACGCACUUAGAAUGUUUUAUUUAUCUUAAGUAUUAUUUCAUUUUUAUUAAAUCAACUUUUUAUACAUUUUUAAAAAAAAAAUAUUUCACUUCAUAUCAUAUGCUACUGCUUACAACAACACUCUACAUCUACAGAUUCUGAAAUAACCAAAAAGUAACAACUACAUUUCUAUUUCUCAUCAUACUGCAUCUUUUUCUGAGCAUAUAUCAGCAUCAGUUUUCUCAAAUUAUAUCUCUCAAGUUCGCAAAAAUAACCCCAAGAAUCUUGUACAUGAUGAAUAUUUAACACAUUGCAGGCAAUAUUUAUUACAAUGAUAGAAUGAUAAAAACCACAGUUGGAUCCCAUUAUCUCAAAUGGACUGGUGAUCAGGAUAAAACGACAUCAUUUUACAUCAACAAGCAAAGUUUGGCCCCAUGGGGCGAUGAUUCAUUUGUCAAAAGUCUAGUCUGAAAAUAUGCUUCUUGUUUUUUCUUUUUGUUUAAACUUUCUUUUCAAGUAUAUUUGUUUCCUACAUUUUGGCAUAUUGAUCAAGAAAAAAUGAAAAACAAGACAAUUAAGUAUCUAAAAUAAUUUAGAUACAUGCAUCUUAGGUUGUGAUAUUUAAGAUAACAUUUGUUUGACACAAUGAGAUUCAACUGUACUGAGGGAUGGACCACUUUAUAUUCUAGAGGUUGGGAUUUGUUUUUAAAAAUUCCAUCCCACCCCCUUUGAAUAUUUAAUGACCAGCCCCUAGCGGUUCCAAAAUUAUCAAAACAUCUAGCAUGAUGACAAACAUAACCAACAGUUUUAUAAGUGAUAUAUUGACAUUGUUUCAAUUAGGUUAGAACUUCUGAUAAUGUCUUUAUUUGAAUUAUAUUAUACAAUGCAUUGAUCAACAGUCAUUUUUACUUUCAUCAGUACAAUAUGAAUUAUUCAUUAUCAUCUUUGAUGGAUACUGAAAUUGAAUGCUUGUUACUAUUAUGGAUUCCAAGGUUCCAUGAUUAAAACUGAUAUUUGACUCAAUGCUCACGUCAUUUAAUAGAUGUAUUCAAAUAGAAACAUUUUAUCAUGUUAAUUAUGUCAUAAUUUGUAUCAUUAGUUCUCAAGGACAUAGCAUCAUUUUAACUCAAGUUAAUGCAUAAUACUUUAUCACGCAAUCAAUUUUCAUUUGACUCUCUGUCAGAUGGUUGAAUAUCAUUUCAUAUUUGCAUUCUAAAACCAUUUUUACAAAAUGUUCCAUAUUUAAGGGAAAUGGAAUGAAUAUGGCAUGGUGUAUGAUCAAUUUACAACUUAUGUUGUUAGAUCAAGCAUUGCUUGUACAUGUGUUAGAGAGUUUCACCAAGGGAGAUUACACUUGACACCAGGGGGGAUAACUCUUGACAGUUACAUGGUUGUGCAUUUUUCUUCUGAUUGUUUAUAUGAAUAUGAUCAUUUGUCAUAUCAUUUUCACAUCAUUUUCCUAUUGUCUCAAAUUGAAACAAUGAAAGGAAUGACUUAAUAGAGAAUUGUUUGUUGUGAUAUUGAAAUAUUUUCUAUUUGACAAAAACAUGCUUCUGUUUUUGACCAAAAAAAGAAUCGUUGAAACAAUACGCAAAUAAUGAUGACUCAUUUUUCAUGAAUUAUAUUGAUAAUGGAAAAGUGUAGAAAAGAAACAAAGUAAAUCGAGAUUGAAAACAUAAUUGCAUUGACACUGACAAGGCGAAAUAUUACAUGUAUCCUAUUCAACAAAUUACAAUAGAUCAUGAUGAAUAUUACUGCUAAAUCUGUGUAUUUUCAUUAUGUGUAGUCAAGAGAUAAAGCAUUAUAUUUUAAGAGUCUAAUUUGAAAGGUUUUUAAGGGUAUGAAACACAUUAUUUCAUGGAACAAAUGUUCAACCUUAUUGUCAUAAUUACAAACAUUAUAUUUGUCAAACACUUAAAUGAUCAAAGGGUUUCAGCUUUGAUGUUCAAUACUGAAAAGUAGCAGCGCAAGUCGUUUGUCAUCAUAUUGCAGCUGCAAAUCUUCUGCAAGACCAGAUCAACUUUAUUUCUUGUUUUUUAACCAAAUUGUUUCAUCAAUACGCAAAAAGUAGGAGAAAAAUAUAAAAACUUCAAAUGUUGUCAAAACUUAAUUGAAAGGUAAUUUGUUAAGAAAACAAUCUUCCACAAAAAUAUGCAUAACAAAACACAUUUUGAUCAAACCCAGAAUUUGGGUUUAUUACUUUUUGAAAUAUUGAGACAGGCUUUCUGCUCAACAUGGAAAUCAAUAGGCCUGGUCUUCAACAUAACUAGACUAUCAUUCAAUAGAUUUAUAAAUUCAUUCUUUUCUUCAUGUAAACAUAAAUUUCAUGCAUCAUCUUCUCUAAUAACUCCUUUCAGUAUCAUUCAAAUCAGCUUCAGCCUUCCUAUCAGCUUUAUGAAGAUAUGUAUUACAGUACACAGAAGUAUGAUAUCAUAUACAGGCAUCACAUUAUCUUCUAUUCUAUAUGAGUCAGGGCCAGGUAUUUCAUAAUUACUUUUCAAGAUCUAAAGUAAUAUCUGUACUUUUCUUUUGUUACAAGAUCCUGUUUUGAGAAACUAGUUCAGUGAACAUGAAGACCUUCUAAACUUUAAUGGAAGAAUUAUCUUUCCUUGACUCAACAAGGCCUUCAUGUCAUCCUCUGUCAUCCAGGGAAUUAUAUCUCCAUUCUAUUAUAUUAAAUAACAUGGACCCAUCCGUCACCAUAGCUUCGUUUUGAAGUGAUGUUACCAUCAUCUCCACCUCUUUAAAUACAAACUUAGCACAGAAUUUCUCUGCCUUAUGAGCUUAAAAUCAACAACCAAUCUAAAUGUCUUCUGGAUGCAAGUCUGGUAUAGAUCUAUAUUAACAACUGUUGCCUUGUCUGAACAAGCUCUGGAUGCCUUCAAAGGAUUCACAAGACUGUUAUACAUGUAUAUGCACUUUAAGCUAGAAAUGAUGUUUUCCUGAGUAUUAAGAAAGGGAAGGGAAGUUUUUUAAUGUAUUUCUAUCAAACCGGACUCCAUAAAGGCAUGGUGGCAAUUUGGUCCAGGGUAUAUAUGAUAAUGAAUGGAAAUAUAACACCCUGGAUAUAGAGGAUGCCUCCAUCGAUGAUAAUGUUUUUGUUACUGAGAAAAAAGAGCCUGCUAAGUUCAUCAUUUUGAAAAUAAUCUGCAAUAAGAAACAUUUGUUUUACAUGGCCUAACAGUACAUGUAUUUGUAAAAACUUUAGAAAGAAAAAAUAGAAUUUUAAGAAUUUACACAAUGACAUAUUGCUCUCUGGUAUAAUAGUUUGAAACUGUAAUUUGAGUGGAAUGUCAUUUUGGAUAUUUCAACUUUUCCUGCACCUGGUUAGCCAUUAGGAUUGAUUACUUAAUUAGCUUCUACUGUCUGAAUCGUUACCACAUUCUCUUGUUAUUGAGAAUAUAUCAAAAUCUGUCAUGCCCAUCCUCAGCACUCAGGGAACGUUUUCAUCUUAUGUAGCCUGGGAUGUACAUUUUAAGAUAACAGACUAUAGUUACUCAUUCAUAUCUCCAUGGUGACAGCUACUUCCCUGUGUGAUGAGGAUGGGUUUCUAGAUAAAUGUUCUUUGUAUACUGCAUACCUUUAAUAAAUGUCAUUAUUUUAA